AAAUUAUUUUUUUUUCUUAAUAAAAAAUAGUUUUCUUGUUAAUAAAAAAAAUAAUUUUUUAUUAUUUUUUUGUUCAGUUUGCAAAUUGAGGAAAAAAUAAUAUUUUAUUUGUGGUGCAUCGUCAAAAUAGUGAAAAGAGAAAAUUUUGACAAAAAAAAAUAGUUAUUUUAAAGAGUUAAGUUUAUAUACUCCUUGGAAAAAUUGUAAUUUUUCCUGCUAUUCCUGAGUUCAAUUCAACAGAGGAGAAUUAUUAAGUUUUUUACAAGGAAUAAUUUCUAAAAAUGAAGAGAUCUUCUUCUGCUCCUUGUUUAGCGGAAGAAACGGAGGAUUCAAAAAGGAUAAAAAGAGAAGAAAGUUCACUGGAAAAUGGACCAAGUAGUCGAGAGUAUUUACAACUGGCACUCACCAAAGUUCUCGAAUUACAAAGUCAAAUUAAACAAGACACCUAUGUUUCAGACAAAACCAGCGACUUAGAUGAUUCGGAUAAUGAAGAGGAUAUUUAUAAAGAAGUUAUUUUAAAAGUUUUCAAGGAUCUUCCAGGUACAUCGAGAAGUGAGAAUUCUAUGAUUGAAAAUGCCAUUAAAGCAAGACAUCUAGAACUUGACGCAAUUCAAAGUAAAAGCAUUCAGUUAAGCGGAUAUGAUACGUGUCGUCGAGUGGCAGUCGAUUUUAUGAAAAAUGUUGUCAAAUACACGCCAAAGGUGAAAAACGACGAUGCAGGACAUUCAAUAUAUUCACGAGACGAUGUUAGAACGUCUCAUUAUAGAAGGGGACGACUACUCAUCGAAAAUGGAAAUUCCAGUCAAUUAACAACUAAUCAAAGACAAGAAACUCUAUCAUCAGAUUAUGAAAUAAGGAUGAGAAUGCUUACGGGUUUGGAUCUUCAUCUUGCCAUUAAACAGAGAGAUUACACUGCCAGAUUAAUGAGAUACUAAACAAAUUAAAUUGUUUAGAAUUUAUUCUCGAUUUAUAUAUUUUCUAGUCUCUAGCUUUUAAUUUAUAUUUUCUAGUCUUUAGCUUUUAAUUAUUUCCAU